AUGGUACAAGUCGGAAUUGUGGCCAUUUGUCAGUUUGGUGGCAAGUUUGUCUCAAAUAAUGAUGGCUCUAUGUCCUAUGGUGGUGGUGAUGCUCAUGCAAUCGAUCUCAACCCUGAUUUGACUUUAGAUGAUUUCAAGUCAGAAAUAACAAGCUUGUUUGACAUCGAUAUGAGUACAAUGUCCAUCAAGUACUUUCUCCCAAACAACAGACAAACCCUUAUCACCAUAUCCAGUGACAGAGAUCUGCAGCGUAUGAUCGAUUUCCAUGGAAGCUCCACAACUGUAGACGUUUAUAUCCUGGAUAAGGCUAACAGCAGGUAUAAUGUACCGUAGCCUGUAAUCAACACAUCAGUAGUAUCGUGUACUCAAACUGCCAGAUUUUAAACACUGCUUGUCUGGGUUUUUUAUGGACCUAGAUUGAUAUGAGAAAAUCCACGUUACCUAUCUUUGUUCAUUAAGAUUUUUAUUGACUGAAAACAUAUUUGUGAAGCUAAAAGGGGAGUUUUUCCAUACAGGACAAGUGGCAGCCAUUUAAUUGCUUCAGGUACCUCAACAAAUGCCCCUGGUCGCAAUGCCAGACGUCGGAAACGUGUUUCUGUUGACAUGGAUAGUUAUAGGUUCAAACUUGUUUCUAUAUAUCUUUUUUUAAGUUAUGAAUUAUUCAGAAUUCCACAGAGUCUCACUAGUUAUUUUUUCUGCAGGAUGAUUAGAGGUACCCCUAGCUUUCCCUCUUUGAUGCAUACAGAUGAUGAUGGACAAGGGAAAGUUGUUGCUAUAGAGAAUGUUGGCACCAGGUCAGAUUUAUCUUCCCGUUUUAGCAUACAGAAUGGUAUUGUAGAAUUCUCAACGAAAAGGCAUUGA